UCUCAGUAAUCAUGCAAAGUUUCUGAUAUUGAAUUAUUUUACAUAUUGUUUCAGAAGCAGUUCAAAUGUCUAUGAGAGAGCGAUUACCGAGUUUAGGUCACAGAAAAAGAUCUCGAAGAGGCACUGAAGAUAAACUUAAAUCAUUAGAGUUUGGUAUUGACGAUUGCAUCAGAUUUCCAUGUUUAUUACAAAGAUGCUGCGAAGAACAAGGCUACUUAUUCAUACCUAUGAUCCAGGUUUUUCAGACCCGCGAGGAUGGUAUGUUCUUUCCCAUUCAGACAUCUAAGCCUUUUAAUUUUGAAGUACUGUCCAAUAUAAUAUUAAAACUAUUUUUAAAUAAAGAAAUGAAAUUGAAGAUGAUACAGUGCAUUGCGAAUCAAAUUAUUAACUCAAGAUUAUUUUAUUGCUUAAACAUGACGAUCCUGUUCUUUUCAUCCACUUUAACGACUUUGAAAUUAGAUUAUUGUAACUUAAAAGCAAGUAACCUUACGACCUUGCAAGAUUCGUUAAAUUCGAAAAAAACAAUCACAGAGCUUAGUAUUUGCGGUAACCCAAACAGAGAACAAAAUUUCUUUUGCUUAUUGCACUGUGGCCUUAAAGUGCUUAACCUAAGGUUUUGCCAAAUUAAUGUGGAAGGUCUAAAGAACUUAGCCAGAGCGUAUCUUAAUACUCCUCCAUAUAUUUCAAGCCUCAUACAUCUUGAUUUGUCUCAUAACAUGGUUUUUGAUGAGGGCUGUACUUAUAUUGCCAAUAUUUUGAGAUGCGAUAGAAAUUUACUCUCAAUUAAUUUGACGGACUGCAAAAUAGGUGAUGAAGGUCUUAAGACUUUAUUGUCAAGUUUUGUGGAAUUCUCUUUAAAUUUAGAUGAGUUGUACUUUAGACGAAAGAUCCGGAUGGAAUAUUAUAAAUUAACAUCCAACUUGAAACUACCUGUGUUUUAUAGCAACACAAUAUCUGAGGCAGAGAUCAAAGAUAAACUGGCAACGAUAGAGGCCUUGCUUAGCAAACAUCCUCUUAUUAUUGAGGCCUAUGAAGAAAAUGGAGAGAUAAUUUGUAAAGGAAAUUAUAGUUUAAGACAUUUCAACAUUGCCUAUAACCCAUUAACCGAAGAAAGUCUUAACCUUUUAGUAAAAACCCUUAUGGAGCAAAAUUUACUGCAUGGUAACGGAAAAGGCUUAACACGGAUAGUGCUUGACGGAACACCUUCACAUCUGGAUGAAUGUGAAAACGUAAAAAAUACAAUUUACGAUUUAUUGGUUACCAAGCGUAUGCGGGUAAGUAGUUCUUUGUCGAACAGCUUUACUGCACAGAACCGAAGUAGUUUGAGAAAGAUCAGGAAAGCAUCAAACGGUAGCAGUACGAGUCGUAGUGUCCAGUCAAGUAAUAAAGACAAGGAAAGCAUAAUAACAGCCUCCCAAUAA